AUGUUUGGUCCAUUUAAAUUAACAAGCCCUGCCGCUGGUGGCUUACUAUGGAAAAUCCCAUGGAGAAUGUCUACACAUCAAAAAUGCCGUCAAAGAGAAAGAUUAAGAAACGUUGACCAGGUAAUAAAGCAAUUAACAUUAGGUCUCCACGUCCAGAGGUGUCAAGAAAAGGGUCUUACUUAUCAAGAAGCCAUGGAGAGCAAAAAAAAAUAUAAGCCAAGAAGUAAAUCGUUGAGAUUGCUAAACAAGCCAUCCGUCUUUCCAAAGGAGAAUCAAAUGUCUUCUAAAGAUAAAUAUUGGACUUUCGAUAAGAAGGCCGUGGGUUAUAGGAAGGGUAUUCACAAAGUGCCCAAAUGGACAAAGAUUUCCAUUAGAAAGACCCCAAAAUUCUUUUGA